AUUGAAAAAAAAAAUUAAUAAAAAUUAAAUAUUUAAAUAAAAUUAUAAAAAAAUUUAUGUGCGAGCUGUGUAAUAAACGAAAAGAAAUAAACGUUAGCGAAAGUGAAAACCCAUUGAAGGUUAAUGUUUGUGUGCGUUUAUGAGCCGAGCCCCUGAUUUUUGAGACCAAAAGUAUCAGUAGCUGCUACUGAGCUACCAGAAAAAAUAUUAAAAGAAACUACGGCAAAUAUUUGUAGAAAACAUAUUGAUGCAAAAAUAAAAAAUAUUACUUAAAUUUUUUGAAAAAUUAUUUUGAAAAAAAAAUUGAAAAUUUAAGUAUUUUUGAAAACAAAAAAUUGCAAAAUUGUAAUUUGUUUACAUUCAAUAGCGUGAAAAGUGUGCAGCAAUUUCAAGUUGAGCUGUCACGUGACACUGCUUGCAGCAAUAAACACAUACCAGGAUAUACUAGCGAUUAGUGUGUGUGCUAUCUAGAGAAAAUCGAAAUAAAGCUCUUCAGCGUAAAAUAAGCAACUCGAAAAAAAAACAACAAUUCAAUAUAAAAUCAGCAACUCAAGCAUAUAUUUUUCAACUUAGAAAUAAUUAAUUUCCACAGCUUUGUUGUUUUUUCACUAUUAAAUGACUAAAGGUUUGCGACAGCAUUAAAUUGAAGAAGCUCAAUGUCAUAUCUACGUCAAGUCAGUGUAAUUGCAAUAACAAUAAUAAAAAAAGGUUUAUAAAUAAAUAAAAUAUACAAAUCAGCAGCAGCAGCAACACACAGCCAAACAAUUGCAACGAAUUAUGAUAUUUUUAAACUAGAAAAUAAAAAUAAAAAAUAAACGGAAAUAACAAGUUUAUUAGUCAACCACUAACAACUGACAUAACAACGGCCACAACAACAACAACAACAACAAUAAAAAAUUGUAAAAAAAUACCUAAUCAACUGCAGUCAUUUUUUGAAUCAUACGAGCAAGAAAGAAUAUUGUUACAGCAACAACAACAACAACAUUUCAACAAAAAAGCGCAACUAGAACAACAACAACAACAACAGCAAUGAAAUAAAGAUUUACUAUAUGCACGUAUGUAAAUAAUAAAUAUGUGUGUGUAACAAGCGACAAGCAAAUUCUAUUCAAUUCAAUUCAAUUCAAGUUUACAUAUUCGUAGUACACAAAUGCCUUCAAUUCUAUAUAUAUACAGCACAAGUACAACGUUUUAUAUAUAGAAGCGUCUUAAAGACACUAACAGCAAAGGACCAAAUAAAAGCAUCCCAUAAACGUUUGCGUGUUGCAUUUGCUUUGAGCGACGACCAAUUCAUCAAGAUCACACAAGAUCAAAAGUAGUAAAGAAAAGUGCUCAGUGAACGUCACAGCCACCAAACAAAUCAACCAUCACAACAAAGUCACAUCAGACCUAAAGUCUAAAUUAUAUCCAAGUCCAAGUGCAUCCGAGUUCGUGCUGUUAGUGAAAACAAAAGCAUAAAAAGCGCACAGGUCGGAAUAACGGUGUGAGAUACGAAUCAAAAACGUUACAGCAAAAAGUAAAUAAAGAAAAUAGAAAAAAGCUCAUAAGCUCAUAACGCUCGAAAUACAAGAGUAUCUAAAGCCGAUCUGAACGAUCUGCACGUUAAUUAGACGCAUUGACUGCAUUGAAUCGUCUCGCAUCGCAUCGACUUGAUUCGAUAACCAAACAAAGCAAAAAUCACAUCGUCUCGCAUUUGCAUCUCUCUGCAUCCACAAAAAAUUGCUUCAAGUAGCAAACAAUCAUCAUUGCGACACCAACACAUUGGGCAGGCAAAGGGGCGAUUAAUUAGAAAAAAAAACUGAAAACAAAAAUCCCUCACUCACUCACAAGCAGCUCAUAUGCGCUUACGAAGCAAAAGCGAGUUUUAAAACACAACUUUAGGUGCGAGAGAAGAGAGAAAGAGCGCAAGCUUUGGAAUAAUUGAAAAAAAAAAAUAAGAAAAAACAAAACAGUCAAGCAGUCAAAGCUGAGAUCGAGCGUGUAAGGAGCGUGUAGAAGUAAAGUCAAAGUCAGUCAGAGCAGAUCGUGCCAUAGCAAGAUCGUACGCAGUACCACAAAGGUAUACAUUAUACGAGCAGUGAAUAGAAAAGUUGGAAAACCAAUAAUCACAACAAACACCUCAGUUCAAUAACAAAAGCAAAAAAAAAAAUAUAUUGCACGUGCUGAACAAUUGCCAAGCUAAAUUACUAGGCAAAGCAAAAUAAGCCAUUAAGACAAAGCUAACCGUAAUAAGCAGUAACCAAAACCAAAACCAAACCGAAACCACCACACUCACAUACCAAAUCAUACCAAGAGCAGUUAGUAGUGCGAGUAGUAAAAAUUCAGGUUAAAAUGGCCGAAGACGCAGCUAUGGAAACAUGCCCAAGCCCCGAAAUCGGCGAUUCUAGAAAAAGGCCACUAGAUUCCGAUCCGGAAAAUGAACAAACCAAACGCUCACAUUUCAGUUCCGCUCAUACAAAAACAUUCCCAGUGUAAAAAAACGAAAAAAAAAAUCAAAUGCAUCAUUGAAAUCUCCAAACGAGGAACAAAAGACAUCUGCAAAUAACAAACACAUCAAAUCAAACUCAUAUGAAUUCACAUCAAAAUCAAAAGAUAAAAAAACGAAUGUGAUAUUUAAAAAUUAUUUUAAACAUUUACGCUUAAUGUGAUUGACUGUGCAACAGAACUUGUGAAAAAAACACGAAAAACAGAGAAAUCAACGCACAGCAAAAAAAUAUAUAUAUUCAUCAACAAAUUGAAAUCGCGUUAAACUCAUCAGUUUUACAAAAAAGAACAUAAAAAAUAUUUAUAAACAUAAAAAAACUCACAAACAUACAUAUGUGUAUUUAUGUAUACGUAACGCUCGAAGCACUUGCGAAUAAAUUCAUAACCUCCAAAGUGUGUGUGUAUAAACAUAAAUAACUGCACAUCCGCACAUAUACACAUUUAUGCGCAUAACGGCGUCUCUUACAAAUAGUCUCCAACAUCCACAUCAUUCAAUGUACAACAAUUGCAUCCGCACCCCUCACGCGGCCAACACCUACAAACAUCACAACAACGACGCGCAUCUAUUUAUUUAGUACAACAACAUAUGAGCGAUUACAACAACUAGUUAAGCAUACUCAUCGCAGUCAACAAAUCGCAACUGACAUUUGACAUUUAACUGCAGCAUUCGAGGCAGCAGCAACAACAACCAUCACAACAAGUGACACCUCAGAGGCGCUCACACGCACACACAUACGUAUGCAAAUCAAGCGAUUGGCAAAGAAAACCACAGGAGUCGCGUAGCAUCAGCAUCGAUAGAGCCAUUUCGUACGCAAUCCACCAACAAUUACGUCAUUGCAUCUGUCAUCGCACACUAAUUGCGUCGUCUGACCGAACCGCGAGAUCACCGAACAGACCUGACCGCUAAGUCAGUUAGUCAGUUAGUAAGUCAGUCGGUCGUGCGGCUAAUUAGACAGUAGCAAGCUAAAAGAGCUGAAAGAAAGCAAGAACAAAGUCACAACGUUGGAGUGCAGCUGAGAGCAGCGCCAAUUUUUGAGCAAAUAAGUGAGCAAAUAAAGCACAGGAAGAGCACAAGCUGCAGCCAACGAUUAAAGUGCACGAAAGUGUUGUUUAUAACGUUUAAGCGCAAAGAAUUAAACAACCCAAAUAGGUUCCAAAUAAGCCUAAUUGUUAGUGCAACAACCAACAACAACAACUACGUAUAUUGUUACACAACUAAUAACAACAACAACUACUAGAAAUUUGACAACAGCGCACAAGCGUCUAGCGCGGACACAAACCAUUGCGUUGAGCAUUGAAGUGAAAAGUGGCAAUAGCGCAAACGCGCUUUGAACACUCAAUUAGUAACACUGACACCUAUUCGAAAAGGAAACAGGAGCAGAAGUGAUCGAAAUUCAAAGUAGAAAAUUUGAAAUAUUGCAGUGGAGCUAACGACACAAGCGGAGACGCACAAAAAGAAAUUCUGAAAAAAAAAAUUGUGGCAAACACACAAAAAAAUCAACAUAGUUCCGGCCAUUAGCAGCAACAACACGCCCAUUACAAAAAUAAAAAAAAAUAAGAAACUUACAUAAUAAUUUGAAUUGAAAGACUGAAAGCUCAGAGAAGCCACGGCAUUAGUACCUAUUAAACGCACACACAUCGCAUACGCAUAGAAAACAGCAGAAACGUCACAAAAGCCAUGAGCCAACCGACCUCACCUGCAACGCUACAGCAACAAUUGCAAGUGCAGGCGAACUGCAACGGCACGGCAGAGAGUCUCAUGAGUAACGCCUUCGAUCUGAUUGGCGGCGCGAGUGCCGCGCAGCAAUUCUUGAAUCACAUGGACUUGUAUGCGCAGCAACAGCGCCAGCAACAACAACAUCAGCAGCAGUUGAAUUAUCUGCAACAGCAACAACAGUUGCACUCAGCGCAGUCACUUAUGUCCAAGUCACCGUCCACAUCGCCGACUAACUUCGGCAGUGGCGGCAGCAGCAAUAGCAGCAGUCACAGCAACAUCACAAUAACCACCAACAAUAAUUUACAUACAAACUAUAAUCAUCAACAACAACAACAACAUCAUCAUCAACAACAACAACAACAAGCAGCAGCAGCGGCAGCGGUGCAACAGCAUUUAGGCAAUAAGCAUUCCAUAUCGUUGACAUCAUCGCCAAUCACAUCACCAACUAAAUCGUUACUCACACAAGUGGCUGCGGCGGCCAGCAGUGUCGGUGCUGGUGCUGCGUUGAGCGCCACCAGCACAGCCAACACGUCGCCGCCGUUGUCGUCGUCGCCGCCAACCAUACUAAAUAAUUUCAAUACACAACAACAUCAUUUUAAUCUGCAUCACAAUAAUCACCAGAUGGAUUUGCAACAACAACAACAGCAGCAGCAGCAACAAUUGCAACAACAGUUGCGUGAGGUGGCCAAUAGUGGCCUCAACAGCCAGAACAACAACCAAACCAAUAACAAUAACAGUCCAAAUGGCGAACGCCUGGGCACAAUCACGCCCACCGGCGGUCACAGCCCCAACGGUGGUGGCGCGCACCAUCAGCUACAACAACAACAACAGCAACAGCAGCAGCAGCAGCACAACCACGCCUUGGCGCAACACCAUCAGCAACAGCAGCAGCAGCAUCAUCAUCAUCAACACGGCAACAGCACAUCGCCGUUCAAGCCGCCCAGCUCAGCUUCCUGUUGGUGUUAUGGUGAGUCAGUUUGUUCGGGAAUUGAGGUUGAAAUUGAAAAUAAUAACAAUUUCUCUCAUGGCGAUUCAUCCUACCACAUGAAGAUCUUAGUGCCCGCCGUGGCCUCCGGUGCCAUCAUCGGCAAGGGCGGCGAGACAAUCGCCUCUUUGCAAAAAGACUCCGGUGCUAGAGUUAAGAUGUCCAAGUCACAUGACUUCUAUCCAGGUACUACCGAGCGCGUUUGCCUCAUUACCGGCUCCGUGGACGGCAUUAUGUCGGUCAUGGACUUUAUCAUGGAUAAAAUACGUGAGAAGCCCGAUCUAACUACUAAGAUUAUAGACACCGACUCCAAACAGAAUCAGGAUCGUGAUAAACAAGUGAAAAUUUUGGUGCCCAAUUCGACGGCGGGUAUGAUCAUCGGCAAGGGUGGUGCUUUUAUCAAGCAGAUCAAGGAGGAGAGCGGCUCGUAUGUGCAGAUUUCACAGAAACCCAAGGAUAUCUCAUUGCAGGAACGUUGCAUUACCAUUAUUGGUGAUAAGGAGAACAAUAAGGCCGCCUGUAAAAUGAUACUCUCGAAGAUCGUUGAGGAUCCGCAAUCCGGUACAUGCCUUAAUGUCUCAUAUGCCGAUAUUAGUGGCCCAGUUGCCAAUUUCAACCCGACUGGCUCACCGUAUGCCACCAAUCAGAAUGCUAUAAACACGAGCACCGCUUCGUUGAACUCGACUUUGGGUCAAAAUAUUGGUGGUGCCGCCACGGCUGCGGGUCUUUUAAUAAACGGCACCGGCAUCAAUUUAUCCUUGAACCUGAGCUCACCCAAUCCGGCACCGAACUUGGCGGUGGCCACACAAUUGCUGGAACACAUUAAGGUUGCUCUACGCGGCUCCGGCUACUCAGAGACCGCCACCAACGAAGUGUGCGCCGCUCUGGGCGUACUCGCCAAAUACGGCGUCUUGGGCAUGGGUGUCGGUGUACCGCAUACCAAUGGCACCACCACACUCGGCAGUUUUCUGGGUGUCACGACGUUGGAUCAGCAGACAGCUGCCGCCGCCUCAGCAGCUACUGCCAGUAAUGUUUUCGGUGCUGUGGGUCAAGUUAAUUUGGAACAGUAUACAGCGGCAGCGGCUGCUGCUGCUGCAGCAGCUGCCAGCCGUCCGACACAGUCGCACCUGGAAGCGGCCGCCGCCGCACAAUUCGAUCCCUUCCGUCAUUUGAGUACGAGCGCAGCCACCGCAGCACAGGCCAACACACCGGUGUCGCUGAAUAACAACAGUUUCGGUUUGACUGCGGCCACCGGUACCACGUGCACAACGGCGCAGAGCCUAAGCGCCGCCACGCAUACGCUCAGCGGCUUGAGCAAGAGCCCCACACCGGGCGAUUUGGGUGCUAAGGAUACCAAAAAUGUUGAAAUUCCAGAAGUGAUUGUUGGCGCUAUCUUAGGUCCAAAUGGUCGUAGUUUAGUUGAAAUCCAACAUGUUUCUGGCGCAAAUGUGCAAAUUUCAAAAAAGGGCAUAUUCGCACCGGGCACUAGAAAUCGAAUUGUAACAAUAACUGGUCAGCCGAGUGCCAUUGCCAGAGCGCAAUAUUUAAUUGAACAGAAAAUCACCGACGAGGAGACGAAGAGAGCGCGACAAAUUCCAUUAACCACUGUUGUGAAUUAAAAGCGAAAAUCAUUAACACAAAAUUAAAGUAAAACAACAACAAACAUAAAAAACAAAAACAUAAUAAUUAUAAAAAUAAUUAUAACAAUAAUAAUAACUGAAAAACAACAACAACAAAAAUAUAAACGAAAAAAACAUAUUUUAAGAAACAUUAAAAGAAAAAAAUAUAAAAAUCAAUAAUAAUACAAAGCAUAAGAAAGAAGCGAGAAAGAAGAAGCAAACAUAAGCAUAAAACUAAAAAACGAAAAGUUAUAAAAUUAUGUAAAUAGCGUAAAUACUAAUUAAAAUGCUGAGGACGACAGCUGAGGCGAGAAAUAGUUAAAUUUGAAAAGUAAAAAAUUUCAUAAAAAAGUUAAAAAUUUCACAAAACAAAUUUAGAAAAAAAAAUGUUUGAAAACAAAUACGAAUGUUGGAAGAAGCGUCGCAAAAGCAACAAAAUAGCAAAUAAAAUAAAAAAAGAUAAAAUUGUAAAUGUAGAGAGUUGAAGAGAAGCGAAGAGAGCGCUGCGUAUACUGUAAUAUAUGUGUAUGUUAGAUGAGAGAUUUUAAAGCAAGAAAUUUAGCAAAAAUUUAUAUAUAUAUAUAUAUAUAUAUAUAUAUAUGCGAAAACAAAAAGCGCGCGCAGCUAGCAGAGAACAAUAACAAAUAAAACAAAAACAAAAAACAAAAAGAACAACUGAAGUAAUUACAGAGUGUAGCAAACAAACAAACAUACAAAAAUGUAGUCUAGUAAAUAAUUAGGAUGAGUUUUAUUAUUAUAAUUUUUAAUAGUAAAAAUUUAAACUAAUUAAAAGAAAGAAAAAACAAACAAACAAAAAACACUGUUAAGUAAUGUUUAACUAAAGACAAAAGAAAAAAAAUAUGAAAGUUCGUUAAUUGUAGCAAUUUCAUUUGAAGCAAGUGAGAACUAAAGUGGAAGGAAAGCAAGAAAAGUAAGCAAGCAAGCGAAACACCUGAGCCGACACAUACAAAUAUAAAUAAAUAUACGUUUUUCACUUUACAUAGCUAAAUUGUAAAAAGUUAGAGAAUUAAAGAAUUAACGCAAAUUAUUUACUCUGAAGAUACUACAUGUAUUUAACUUUAAACGAAAAUUCAAACAAAAGUAAAAAUUAAAGUAGUUAAAAGCGAAAUUUUUCCAUAAACAAUUGCGAUAGAUUCUUUUGAAAUAAAAUUUAAAAUACAAAAACAAAAAAAAAAUUGAAAAGUUUAGAGUAAAAAAGCAACUUUAAAAUAGAAGAAAUAGAGGCACUUUUGUGCUCACACACUCACAUACAAGAGCACACUUUAGCGGCAUUAUGGUUUUGAAAGCUCUUAGAAAUGCUUUGAAGAUGAUUUUAAAGCAUGCUUUCUAAGCUAGCAUAUAACUGAAGAGCGUGUUUGCUUCAAAAAUAAAUUUAAAAUUUUUUUUUAACCUAUAAAUUUGGAAAUGAGUUCAAAGCUUACUUAAUUAAAACCGUUAUAUUUGUCUGCAAAUUUUGGUAAUUCUUAAGCGUUAAAAAAGAGUUUUUAAUUUUUUUUUUCAUUUACAACCUUCUUAAGUUCAAAGUUUCUAAAAAUAAGCUUUUUAAAAUUCAAAAUUUCUAAAAAAAAGCUUUAUUAAGUUCAAAGUUUUAAAAGAAAGCUUACCGUUACAUUUUUUGUGUCUCUUUUGUUAAUUCUUUGGUUCUCAUAACGUCGCCUUUUGCGCACUUCAGUUGUUUUUUUUUUGUUUUGCUUAAUUUGUUUAUUGUAUAAAUUUUUAAAAGCUUUAAGCUUACUUGCAAUAUAUAUAUAUAUAUUUAAUUUUUUUAAUUUUUAUAUUCGUUUACAAAAAUUUAGAUAUUUUGUUGCUUUUGAAACGCCCGUUGAGCAUUUUCAGUGAUUAAUAACAGUUUUCGUUUACAAUAUUUACAAAAAAAAAACACACACUGCUUAACAAACAAAUGUAUACAGCAUUAUUUAAGCACAUGUGGUUUGAGUUUGUACGAACAAGCAUUAAAAAAGACAAACUGAUGAAACAAAAAAAAAACAAAAA